AAAAUCACAAGAAAUAUGUUUCAAUUAAAAAAUUUUGUCCAGGUUGUAAAAAAUAUGGAGAAGAGUACUACUGGAAGACUUUUGCUGGACUUCAUGAAAAUCUGCCAAAGGCUUGUCAAAUAGGGGGAGUUGCGAUUCUUCAGAAGAGUAUGAGACUGUAUGCACCAUUUUACUCCUCAGACAUCAUCAUUGCCUCUCCCCUGGGGAUAAGGACUGUUAUUGGCGCAGAGGGGGAGAAGAAGAGAGAUUUUGAUUUUCUGUCAUCAAUAGAAAUUCUCAUAAUUGAUCAAGCAGAUAUUUACCUGAUGCAGAACUGGGAACACGUUCUGCACCUGAUGAAGCACAUUAACCUGCUGCCUCUGGAUUCCCAUGGGGUAGACUUUUCCCGAGUGCGAAUGUUGAAUCUCAACAACUGGUCCAAGUACUACCGGCAGACACUGCUGUUCAGCGCUCUGCAGGACCCCCAGAUUAACUCUGUCUUCAACAAACACUGCUUCAAUUAUGUUGGGCAGGUCGCUGUCCGCAACGUGCCGCUCACUGGCUCCAUCAGCCAUGUUGUGGUCCAACUUCCCCAUGUUUUUCGGAGACUGGAGGCUGAAAGUGUGACCUGUGUAAUAGAUGCAAGGUUCCAGUUUUUCAUCGACAAAGUUUUGCCCGAGUACCGCGAUGCCAUCAUGUCCCACACACUCAUCUAUGUCCCGUCAUACUUUGACUACGUACGUCUUCGAAAUUACUUCAAGAAAGAGGACCUGAAUUUCACUCACAUUUGUGAAUACACGAAAAAGGCUGCUGUCUGCAGAGCAAGGCGCUUCUUUCUCAAGGGAGAGAAGCAGUUUCUAUUGUUCACCGAGCGCUUCCACUUUUACAAAAGGUAUACAAUUAAAGGCAUUAGAAACCUCAUUUUCUAUGAGUUACCAACAUACUGCCACUUCUACAGUGAGAUUUGUAACAUGAUGAAGGCCACAGACAAUGGAGUGGAUGCUACUUGGACCUGUACUGUGCUCUACUCCAAGUAUGAUGCUCAGAAAUUGGCUGCAGUGGUUGGCAUAGAUCGCACAGCUCAAAUGCUACAGUCCAAGAAAAAUGUGCACCUCUUUGUUACGGGAGAAAAUGAAUAAGUGAUAUGACAGACUAAUGUUUGGAUGGACCUGCAUUUUACUCCUAAUGCAGUUUUUUAUAUUGCUUUUUUAAAAAGUAUUAAACUUUUUACUCCCGUUUAUUAAAUAUUCUGUUGAAAUUGUUCAUAUGGUAUUUAAGUUUUGUAUUUGAGUACUCUGCCUUACAAGAAAUGAAGGAUGUCAUUCAAUGGGCAGGGGUAUCUUCUCUGUACAAACAGAAUCAAUCCAGAACUAUUCUUGUAUAUUAAAAUAACCUCGCUGGUCAGUAAAGAUUCAUG